GUUCAUCGACACAUUUUUUUUCUUGUUUUUCAGAAGAUAUGCCAUGCUGGGCAACUAGUCACGACUUUUGUGAAAAGUACCAAUUAGUCUAUUUACCGGAGUUCGAUAUAAGCGAGGAUAAAUUAGACGACAAAAAACCACCAAUCAGGAUUCGAGACUGGUAUUGUGCCAGAUCGGAUUGUGGAUGCGAGUACAAAAUCAGUGUGCGUCUAAUAGCAGACGACAAAGAAACGGAACUAGACGCUUGGAACUUUACUGAUAACCGGGAAGAGGGAUCUGAUUGGAUAAAAGUGAAGCACGUGUUCAAAGGCUAUCCGUCAGGUGUCCGAUAUGUAGAGUUUAAACACGGUGGACAAGAUACCAAAAACUGGGCUGGACAUUUCGGCGCCAAAAUGACUAACUCUGGCGUAUUUGUAGGAAAGAAAAGAAGCAACAAAAAGAAAAGGGCUGUCAGAGAGAAACUUGGCAAAAAUUUACUCAAGAAUCCAUGUGCCUCUUCGGAAUUGGAGGGCUGGGAAAUUGUUAGCAAUGGCGGAGAUGGGUGGUGCUGUGAGGCGGAGCCAGCGGGAUGUAAGCCAAUCAAAGAGGUCAACGAAGACGCAGAAGGUGAGUCGUGUUGGUCAACAUCUCACCAGGAAUGUGAGAAAAAGCAAGUCAUUGACCUAGGAUUUGAAGGGUUUGAUUCUCACUACAUGGACGAGAGCAGGCCGGAAAUCAAAGUGAGCGAAUGGUUUGGGUCUCGUGGCGACGCGGGUUGUUCGUACUGGUUGAAGGUUCGUCUGCUAAAUUCCGACAUGGAGACGGUUGAUGAAAGGGAAGUGAAAGAAACAAAGGACGCUGAGGGUGACUGGUACAAGGUGGAGGAAAACUUCACAGGCUAUGGUCCAGGUGUCAGGUUCAUUGAAUACUCGCAUGGCGGCAGUGAUACUUGCAGUUGGGCGGGACAUUUUGGCGCCAAAAUUACAUGUUCGUUUGUUGGAGUAGUUGCCGAGGCAGAAUCAUCAUCUUCUUCUUCGUCGUCAUCAUCAUCAUCAUCAUCAGAUGAAAAUUAAGGAGUUACUGGUGCUUGUGUAAUAAUUCAUUGACAAAUGAUUGGAAAUAUAUAGAUCUAUUUACUGUCUUAUAUUUACUUUCUACAAUCAACAAGUAUCGGAAAUAUAAACUGUAUGAUCCUUUGCUUUACAUGUAGGCCUAUAUUUGUUCAUUUUGAAACUUAAUCAGCUUUCAGCUUUACUUCAAAUAUUAUGAAAUAGACAUGAUAUAUUGCCUUUGCACAGUUAUUAGUAUACGAGACUAUUUCUUGAAUAUUAACUAUAUAGUUUUGAGUUUUUCUCUUAACAAGAUAUUAUUCUUUCAGUAUUUUGAUCUUUAUUGUAUUCUUCAUUAUAUAAAUAUGACAAAAUAAAGUACAACUUUCUCUUGUUGAAUCAAUAA